AUGGCUAUCAAGAUGUCCAUAGACUAUGAACGAGACCAUCAAUUCCACUCUCGAAAACCACUAGCAAAGACUAGACAUGUGUAUUACGUUAUGAACAUCUCAAUGAGGGCAAUCCAGUCUCCUCAAAUUUGUAGACUAAAUUUGGCGGCAUCGUCGGCUGACACCCUCCUGCUCGUCGAACCUGCAGAGAGUAUGACCCGUCAACGUCAGGGUCGGAACCUGGUGAGCCAUGAAGCUCGCUACGAUCCAAGGUUAUUUUUCAAUAGAACAUACGAUUAUCAGCGCUUCACGCUGAGAGGUGAUGCCCUCUUCGUGACCUAA